AUGGCCAAAAAGGAUAUCAUUAGAAAAAUUCGUUUAGUAAUGUGGAAGAAUUAUAUGUUACGUAAAAGACGAAAAGUUUUAACAUUUUUUGAAAUAUUUCUACCAUUUAUGGUCUAUUUUGCUUAUAUGGGUGUUUCAUAUUACAACGCAUUUGAAAAAGGUGACAUAAUAAAAAUGCCUUCGUAUCCUACUUCUUAUCCAGUGUCCACACCUAGUCAAACUGUUCAACGAAUGUCCAGUAUAAGAAAUUUAUAUUAUAAUAAUAUUUCACCAUUUUAUGAGGAAUUAGUGAAAAGUAUUGCAGAGAAAUUAAAAACAUAUGGAAAAUCUAUCAAAACCAGUAAGAUACAUGUUAUUGAACUUAUUUUGAGUAAGAAUUACAAACCAAAUGAUUUAGCAAAAGAUAUAGCAGUUAUAUUCAAGGACCAAUCAAAAUCAGGAACACCAAAAAAUUUAAAAUACACUAUCUACUAUUCAGGAAACCACUUUAAAACUGAUCGAAUGUUUUUUAAGGAAGAAGAGGAACCGCAAGGUCCUGGGAAUGCUGAUGAAAUGUAUAUCGGAUCGAAUUUUGUAAUAUUACAAUUAUUAAUUGAUGACAUCUUUAUUAAUAAAACAUUAAAAAAUGAUCCCGUUAAGUUAGAAUCUUAUAACAAUUCUAAAAUAUCAGCACAGAGGUUUCCAUAUCCAGCUUAUCAAGAUAGAUCAGAUUUAUCAAAAUUCAUCCAGGCCUGGUCUGGAAACAUAUACGGGGUUUUUGUUUUGGGCUUUAUGAUUACAUGGAUCUCAUUAUUGAUUUAUAUAAUUGUAGAGAAAAGGACUGGAGUUAAGGAAUUGAUGAAAUUAAUGGGUAUAGAAUCAUGGAUACUAUGGGUAGGUUGGAUAUUACAUUGUUUAAUUUUGAAUGUGGUUACUAUAACUAUUCUGGUAAUAUUGAUAAAAUGUUUGCCAGCGACUAAAUCUAAAACGACAACAUAUACAAUCCUUCCAUUAUGUGAUGGUAAAUUAUUGCGGAAAUCUCCAAAAUUCGAUAAUUCAGAAAUAAAUGUUGAUCUCAAUCUGCGCAAUAUUGAAGAACCAUCAAGUCCUUUAGAAACUGGUAUUGUUAUAAAAAAUGUACGAAAAAUUUAUGGAAGAAUAGCAGCAGUUGAUGGCUUAUCAAUGGAUAUAUACAAAGAUGAAAUAACAGCUUUACUUGGACAAAAUGGUGCAGGAAAAACAACAAUAAUGUCGAUUUUAACAGGGAUGUUUUCACCCACAAGUGGAGAUGUUUUUAUCAAUAAUUACAAUAUUAAGACCGAGAUGGAUAAAAUUCGACACACAUUUGGCUUAUGUCCACAGCAUGAUAUGUUAUUCACAUAUUUAACAGUGCGAGAUCAUUUUAUUUUAUUUUCAAAGAUAAAAGGAAAAACUACUGCUGAUGCAAAGAAAGAUGCUGAACAUUGGAUAGCAAGAUUAAAUAUAAAAGAUAAAGGAAAUAACCUUGUGCAAUAUUUAUCAGGUGGAAUGAAACGUAAAUUAUCAUUAGGAAUUGCUUUAAUUGGAGAUCCUAAAGUUGUGAUGUUAGAUGAACCAACAUCCGGAUUGGAUCCAGAAGAGCGGCGUAAAAUUUGGAAUAUAGUACUGGUACUUGAUGCUAUUUUACGUAUAAUUAUGAUUACCACGCAUUCAAUGGACGAAGCAGAUGUAUUAGGCGAUCGUAUUGCUAUUAUGGAUCAUGGAAAAUUAAUAUGCUAUGGGACGUCAAUGUUUUUAAAACAUAUUUAUGGUACAGGGUAUCACUUAUCAUUAUUAAAAUCUGAUGAAUAUACUAAUGUUAAUGAUAUAACAGAUAUUAUAAAUAGACAUGUACCAAGUGGACGACUGAAAGAUGAUACUGCUGGUUUAGUUACCUUCUUAUUACCAAGUGAUACGAGUAAUGAAUUUCCAGGAUUAUUUCAUUCUCUUGAAAUGUUAAAAUCAGAAUUGCAUAUUAGUGGUAUCGGAUUAUCUGUUACCACAAUGGAAGAAGUCUUUUUAAGAGUAGGGCAAAUUAUCAAAGAAGAACUGACAACUGUCCCCCAGAAACAAAUUCAGAGUGAAAACGUGGAUGGCAGUAAAGAAAGAAGUUUCUUAAAAGAAAAGGGAUUAAAGUUAGAAUUAUAUCGAUUAAAAGCAUUAUUACGGAAAAAAUUGGUUUAUAUGAAGAAGAAAUAUUUUUUCUACAUAGUAGUCAGUUUAGUACCUGUUAUCAUAGCAAUACUCGCGAUUCAAAUGGAAUUGAAAAAUUAUUCAAAAAAACUCCCUUUAACAUUGAGUUUAAAACAUUUCAGUAAACCAAUGGUUUUUUACAACACCAAAUUAAACAAUAUUAGUAAAGUAUAUAGCAACUUAUUACCAGCAAAUUGUAUUAAAAAACCUGUUAACAAUGUGCAUAAAGAAGUGCUUAAGCUCGCUGAAAAUGAUUUGACUGAAUUUCGUAAACGGCUAAUUGUGGGUGCAGUGUUUAAUGAAAUUAAAAAAACAAAAGCUAAUGUAUCAUCAAGUUACACAGAAUUAAUUGCAAUGUAUUCAAAUAUUGCCCUUCACGCUUUUCCCAUUAGUUUAAAUUUAAUUUCAAACACACUUUUAAAAUAUUUGAGUGGUUUCGUAGUAUUCGUUUCUUGUUUAAUUGGCUUCCCAUUAGACGAACGAACAUCCAAAUUUAAACAUUUACAAUUAAUGACUGGAUUAAGACCCUUCACAUAUUGGUGUUCAAUGUUUAUUGUGGAUUUUUGUCUAUGGAAGUAUGAAAAUUUACCAUUCAUUAUAAGUGUAUUGGAUAUUUUUAUAUAUUUUAUUCUUUUAAUGGCAAUUGAGAAUAGAAUAAUCCUUAUUCAAAUAUUUAAAUAUUUCAAGAGAGCUAAAAAAUCACAACAGCAAAAUACUUCGCAUAAUAUCGAACAAUAUGGUGACCCUGAUGUAAUAAAAGAAUCAAAAUAUGUCAGUAAUUACCUUAAAUCAGACAAUUAUGUUGAUAAACCCAAAGACAACUUGUUGGUCCAUCAAUUGGAAAAAAAAUUUCAUAAAGUCAAGGCCGUCAAUCGUAUUAGUUUUAGCGUUCGCGAUGGUGAAUGUUUUGGUUUACUAGGUGUUAAUGGUGCUGGUAAAACGACUGCUUUUAGAUUAUUAACUGGAGAUAUAAAAGGCACAGGAGACGCUUUGAUCGAUAAUGUAACAUUAAAUAAAAAUAGACGUGCGUUUUUAUCUCGUAUGGGAUAUUGUCCACAAUUUGAAGGCAUUUUGCCGGUAUUAUCUGGUCGAGAAAUAUUGAAAUUAUUUGCAAAAUUAAGAGGAGUACCUCAAAAAGAAAUAAAAGACGAAGUGAAUAAAUGGCUGACUCUUUUAGGUUUAACAGAGUUUGCCGACCAGGCAUGUGGUACAUAUUCUGGUGGUAAUAAACGUAAACUAUCUGCUGCAUUGGCAUUAAUUGGUGACCCACAAAUUAUACUCUUAGAUGAGCCUACAACUGGAGUGGAUCCUGUAUCUCGAAGAAAUUUAUGGAAUGUACUGUCUAACGUCAAUAAACAAUCAAUUGUCCUUACGACGCAUAGCAUGGAAGAAUGUGAAGCAUUGUGCGAUCGUAUUGCAAUUAUGGUGAAGGGUGAAUUCAAAUGUUUUGGCUCAAUUCAAUAUUUAAAACAACGUUUUGGGCAAGGCUUUACAAUUAAAUUGAAAUUAAAAUCUAUUGCAAAAAUAGAAGAAGUAGUUGAUUUAAAAAGAAAUGUGGAACAAGAUUUUGAUUGCGUUUUAAUAGAUGAACAUAAAGGUUUUUUACAUUAUCAAGUAACAAAUCCGCAAACCUCUUGGUAUCUUUUAUUUAAUACAAUUGAACGAUUAAAGUCAACUGGCGAUUCAAUAAUUGAAGAUUAUACUAUUACUGAGACAACGUUAGAACAAAUAUUUUUAUCAUUUGCAAGACAAAAAUAAAAAUACUCUU